CUCUGGCAGCUAUUGACGCCAGUCAAGUUAAUAUUAAUAAUGAUUUCCAUCAUCGCAGAACAACAUACAGUGGAAAAUGAUGGUUGCGAUCUCGGUUCUGAUUAAUAAUUGUAAUGACGUUUGCUGAAUAUUUGGGGUGAAAAUUUCGCAUGAUUAUUUGUUUAUUGGAAUCUUAAAUCCCUAAAUUCGUCAGGAAGCGACGGAAAGAUCACAACCGCGAGGCGAAAACCAUGUUGAGAUAGCGCGGUGUUGAUGUUGAGACAGCGCGGCAUAAAGAAAGUGGCAAAAGAGCUCGACUAACUUCUGAUGUUUAUGAUGUCGAGAUGAUGCUUAUUGAAAGACUUCACGUAAAUUUUUUUUAGAUCUACGAGAUAAGUCAAGAAUUUUACAUGAAUAUGAGACAGGCCAAACUUGGCCUAUUAUUCGACGCCGAGUACUUAAUUAUGUUUAACUUAACUGCCAUAGUACUUAACUAUGACAGCGCCGCGUGUCGCUGCGUGACAUCACUGACAUGCACCCCCCAGGGCGGUGGCUUGUACACUAAGGGGUAAGCGUUCCCUGGGAUGCCCGAGCGGAUGUACUGUAUGUCUAAGAAAUUAUUUGUUAUUCGGAAUUUAUAGAAUUUUAUACCUUUUAUUGUGAAUAAGUUUGAAGUGAAAAUGCAUUGACAAUAGUAAACAGAAUGGUUUUGAAUCAGAUUUUAUUAAUUAAUGCUAUCUAAUUAGCAGCAAAAAAGUGGCCGUGAUAACCUUUACACCGUAGAAUUAUCUUUAACCAAGAAACUUCGUAAAAUUUCACCAUUUCUCCCAACUUUAUUACAGUACUGUUGUGAUAGACUUACUUUUCCUUGAAAAAUCCUCUAAGUAUUCACUAAGAAUGUCUACACCAAGUUGCAAGAAGUGUCAAGAGAAUGGCAGCAAGCGCAGCGUGACAGUUCUGGGCAUGGAAGGCAGUGCCAACAAGAUCGGCAUCGGCGUGAUGCGCGACGGCAAAGUCUUGGCUAACCCGAGACGUACGUACAUCACACCGCCAGGCCAAGGAUUCAUCCCUCAUGAUACUGCUAAGCAUCACCAGCGGGUCAUACUGGACGUGUUGGACGAAGCGUUAUCAGAGGCAGGAAUAUCAGGCGAAGACGUGGAUGCGAUCGCCUUUACGUCAGGCCCUGGGAUGGCGGCGCCCCUGAUCACGGUGGCUGUGGUGGCUCGCACGAUCUCACAGUUGUGGGGCAAGCCUUUGGUUGGUGUGAACCACUGCGUCGGCCACAUCGAAAUGGCGAGGCACAUUACCGGCGCCAAUAACCCAACGGUGCUGUACGUUAGCGGUGGUAACACUCAGAUCAUCAGUUAUCUGCAGAAACGUUACAGGAUAGUCGGCGAGACCAUAGACAUGGCUAUCGGUAAUUGCCUAGAUAGGUUUGCGAGGAUAUUAAUGUUAUCCAAUGAUCCUAGUCCUGGGUAUAACAUUGAACAAAUGGCAAAGAAAGGCAAAAAAUAUUUUAAGAUUCCUUAUACCGUGAAAGGGAUGGAUGUCUCGUUCUCAGGUAUUCUAUCUUUUUUGGAAGAGCGCGCAGACAAGCUUCUCAAAUCAGGCGAGUUCACGAAAGAAGAUUUAUGUUUUUCGUUACAAGAGACCGUUUUUGCCAUGCUUGUGGAGACAACUGAGAGGGCGAUGUCACAUUGUGGUUCCAAUGAGGUGCUCAUUUGUGGUGGUGUUGGCUGUAACGAACGACUACAGCAGAUGAUGGGCAUAAUGUGUGAGGAAAGAGGUGGUAAACUUUAUGCUACUGACGAAAGUUUCUGCAUAGACAACGGCGCCAUGAUAGCUCAAGCAGGAUACCUCAUGUUCAAGGCUGGCGUGACGACCGCCCUCGCAGACAGCACUGUCAGCCAGCGCUACCGCACUGACGAUGUACCUGUCUUGUGGAGGGACUGAAUGCGCUCGCAGGAUUUCUUUGCUCGCGCAAGAAAUGAAUAUUGUUGGUAAUUAUAAAGCGGAGAUUAUAUUUUGUUUACCUGAUAAGGGUGAAGAUUUGGAUUGUUUUUCGCAAUUUUGAAAUAAUUAAAAAUCUGAGUUUGAUUUGAAAGUUCCA